CGUAUAUUUUGUUUCAGUCCCGUUUCCCUCCAUGGUUGUCUCUCCUCUCUCCGACUAACUUAGCGCUUGGCUCAGUUCAUUAUACAGCCCUAUAUUCUCCCUCCAUUAGGGCAUCUCUGCCUUUGGACUGAAGAUCCCAGCGAAACCCAGGAGAGAAAAGUUUCACUUGCACGGGGACGAGAUGGACAUGAACAAGAGGAUCCACUUGGAGCUAAGAAACAGGACACCGUCUGAUGUACGAGAACUCGUCCUCGACAAUUGUCGAUCACCUGAAGGGAAAAUCGAGGGCCUCACAUCCGAGUUUGUCAACCUGGAGUUCCUCAGUUUGAUAAAUGUCGGCUUAAUGUCAGUGUCCAACCUGCCUAAACUAGGAAAACUCAAAAAGCUGGAGUUGAGCGACAACAGAAUCAGCGGCGGCCUCGAUGUUUUAGCAGAGAAACUUCCCAACCUCACACAUCUAAACCUGAGCGGCAACAAAUUGAAAGACAUCAGCACAUUGGAACCAUUGAAAAAACUGGCCAACCUGAAGAGUUUGGACCUGUUCAACUGUGAAGUCACAAACCUGAACGACUACAGGGACAGCGUGUUCAAGCUGCUGCCCCAGCUCACCUACCUGGAUGGGUACGACAUGGAAGACAGGGAAGCCUCCGACUCUGACGGAGAGGUGGACGGCGAUGGCGUAGAUGAUAGUGAAAAUGAAGAGGGAGAAGAGGAGGAAGAUGAGGAUGGAGAGGAGGAGACCUUUGAUGAGGAAAGUGGAGAGGAGGAAAGCGGAGAGGAGGUAGAAGGAGAAGAGGAUGAUGAGGAGGUCAGCGGCGAAGAUGAGGAGGAAGACGUAGCUCAGGAUGGAGAAGUAGAUGAUGAGGAAGACGAUGAUGAUGACGAUGAAGACGAAGCAGAAGCUGCCAAAGGUGAGAAGAGAAAGCGAGACCCAGAGGACGAGGACGAUGACGACGAUGACGAGGACGACGAUUAAGACGAGCAAAGCUGAAAACGAGAGCCUACCGAGUUACCCUUCCUCCCUCACAAACCCGAACGUCCGCCCUCUUACAACUCGCACCGCCUUUGUAAUCCACGUCGACCCCCCCCCCCCCCCCCCCCCAGCUCUG